UCUUUCUUUUGUUUAUAAACGAGUAGUUGUAACCUCUUACUGCCUCUUGUUAAAUUACUAUAGUGAAAAUGAGUCAUAUUUUGAUUUUUCAUUAUAAAUGAGGUUCUUCCGAUUAUUUUUUAAGUAUUAAAUCAUUCGUGUCAAAAUGGUAUCUGUGUGCUCUCUCAAGGACUCUGGACCAGGAUACUACAUGCUGCCGUCAACCGUGGGUUCCAACAGUGACAUUAGUCGCACAGGGAGUCCCGCCUAUAGCUUCGGUAGUCGGCCUACAACAGGACGGCCCCGCCAGGCCCCGGGCCCUCAGGCCUACGAUACCAGUUACCUAACACGUAAAGGCCGCAGCACCGUGCCAGCCUGUGUGCUCGCCGGCAGACUUGUCCAUGGAGGGUGGUACCCAUCAGCGAAGAACGAGUCUCCAGGACCGGGAGCUUAUAAUCCCGAAGUGUAUGGAUCCAUGCAGUGGAAGUGCUCGUCUCAGCAACACUGUCAGCGGUACUCUGCCCCUAGGAUGUUAGCGAAGAUGUCGUGCACGCCGGGCCCUGGUGCCUACGACACCCCUGAGCUAGACGCCUACAAGACCAGGCAACCUCGAGUCAAGAUGCCUCCGUCGCUUCACACUCUGAGGGAUUAGAACUUAACCACACAAUAAUCUUAACACUUUUUAUUCAAACAAUAAAUUUUUUUUACGCUGCAAA